UCGUCGGCAAGCGUCGAGCGCUAUACCUGCACAGUCAUGCCCUUGCUAGUUCCUGAACAGACGUGUCCAAGACUAGCUUUCUAGAGUGAUUUUAAGAAACGAAUUUAUCUACGGGGCGGUUUUGCUGCAUCUCUUCGAGCAACUGUUCGAAUGACAGAAGUGUACACAAAUAACACAGUAACUGAGUAGCAGCACCUCGAAAGAAAAACGAAAGAGCAGUAAAAUAGCCAGUCAGACUCAACAGAAAAUAGUGGAUUUGCAAGUCCACACUAAAAGUUCAUCAUAAAUGAGCAGCUUUUAUGUCAAGCGAUAUCUAGAGUUUGAUGCAAUGAGCGCUGUCAACGGUACUCCAUCAAAGCGGGCAAGAUUAAACUCUGGGCAUGGCCGUCAUAGAGCCUCGAGCCAGCAGUGUUCGCCAGAGAAAAUCUCACCUAAGCAAGAAACCUCGUCGCUAUUUAGCAAUCUCACGAACGAAUUGACUCCCGAAAAAAUAGCUAGCAAUAUCAAGGAACAGGUUGAUCAGCUCAGUCGCAAGAAGCAGCUACGUUUCUCUUCUCAGCAACAAACUGCGGAUGCCUCCGAGGAGAUGGCAUAUAACCAGACUGCAACUACAUCGGCUGCGAAAACCAGUAAAAUUCACACGGACUUUAAUGAUAAACCUAUGUUCACUCUCGAGCAGUUGAGCCACUUGUGCCUAAGAAAAAUGGAGGAGCAGAGACAGCUUAUCAGCGAAGAGUACGACCAGGUCCUGAAAGAAAAGCUCGCCGAUCAGUACAGCGCCUUUCUUCGGUUCCAGCACGAUGAGCUCAAGAGGAAGAUAGCUUCUGAAGAUCAUCCCAGCUACUUGAACUGACGAAGUGCAAUUUAUGAAUUGAGAUAUUGUGAUUGUGUCCAGUUUUGUUUAGAUUCAUUAUUACUAAUUAAUAAUUGUAGAGACUGAGUGACUUUUAUAGAUUACAGAUUGUUAUAGAGCUUAGUGUUUUUAACUGUAGAUUAAUGUUUGUAGAGACUAUACAGCGUUUACCAUUAGUGAGAGAUAAUAGGAGUUCAGUUCUAUGAAUUGCUAUUGACCAUAAAUAUUGACAUAUAGCAAUUAGCAUGACACACCGUGAUAUGUGUACACUUUAUGAGAUGUGCUCAAAUUCAGUUUUUUAAUUUUUGGACAUGAUCAUCAAAUCGGAAAAUGACAUUAAUUCUUUGUUAUUCCCUACCGCAUAAUCAAUUUUUCAUUUUUUUUUAUUUCAUGUUAGAACAUUAUCUUUGAUUUUUAUUUUAAAUAGUUAAAUACACAACCAACUACUAAAACUCAAUUUUUUUUUACAAAUGUCACUUCAAAGAGAACAUGUUAUACUCGAAAAAGGGCAUGCAUGUGCACUUGAACUAACAGAUUUCGAUAAUUUUAUAUUCAUUAAAAUACUUAAAAUU